GUUGUUUUUCAGCCAAGUUCAGUCUGGAGGGUCUCCAGGUUCAGCAGCAAGACUCCAUCCAAAGUGUCUUCUUCUCCCUCAGAUGUGUCGGUUCGCUACAGCCUCGGCCGUCCCGUCCUCUCCCUUCGUUUUCCCUCCGGUCGGCUCGGUCGCUUCACCCUGACGCCCAUGUUGACCACCGUAGGCGACCUGCUGAAGAACAUCACAGCUAAAGACCCCGAGGUUCACAAUGCUGCCCUGAUGAACGCUGAUGGACAGAGGAUCUCCUCCUGCACCUUCAUGGAGACGGUUUUAAAUAAAGACUUCCAGCUGAUCAUCAAUGAAACGACUCACAACGUUCAGGCUCUGGGACAAGGCUCAUCUCAUGAACACGUUCUGGAUGUGGAGGAUAUGAAGUUUCUGGUCCAGCUGCUGCAUUCAGCUCUGAAUCUUCCUCAGCAGCUUCAUCAGCAGCAUGCAGAUCUACAGCUGAGACAGGAGAAGCUGAGAGAGCAGCUGGAGCCGCUGGAGACAGUGAGAGUGAGGCUAGUGCAGGAGGCGGAGUCUAAGGCGGCGAUGCUGGGAUGGGCGGGGCUUGCCUACCUGUCGCUGCAGGGAGGAUUCCUGGGAUACCUCACCUGGUAUGUGUUCGCCUGGGACAUCAUGGAGCCCGUCACCUUCUUCAUCUCCUGCACCACCAGCAUGAUCUUCUUCGCCUACUACAUCCUCACCAGACAGGACUUCUUGUGUACGAAGGUGAGAGAUCGUCACUUCCUCCACUACUUCUACCAGAAAGCUUCACAACACAACUUUGAUGUUCAGAAAUACAACAAGCUGAAAGAAGAGCUGGCCAAGGUGGACUCGGAUCUACGGAGGCUCAGGAGCGCCAUCCGGCUGCAGCUGCCGGUGGAUCAGAUCCGGCCUCAGACGGACGCCUGAAGCUUCACCGCCAAUUCUGACUUUUAGACGUUUGUUUUGUCUCCUUAAAAUACUUCCAUCACUGAGCUUUAAUAAAAACCGUAAAAUUCUUUAAAAUAAUCUCUGUCAAAGCCACGAAAAAGUGAAUCCUUUAUGAUAUUAUUGGACUAUUAGGUUAUCAGGUUUGUUUUGUUUAUGUUGAAGCCGAAAGGAUGUAAUUAUUUACUACAAUAAAUGCAUUAUAAUAAAUAUAAUACAAUCUGAAUGUGUGAAGUUAUACCAUGAAUGCUGUGAAGUAAAAACUGCAGUAUUUCCCUCUGAAUUAAAGUGUUAAAAAGUA